CGAACAUUAUCAAGAGAAGAAGCAUAAUAAACCCAUCGUUGUGUGACAGAGUGUUGCUGUUGUUGUUGUUCCUUCCCCCUCAUUGGAGAGAAGCAAGCGAGCGAGUCUCUUACAAUCCCAGAGAGAGAGAGAGAGGCGUUUGUUCUUCCUCUAAGCCAAGAGUCUCAGUUGGGUGGCAAAGAUGGUCGCAGAACGCUUCACUGUCGAUUUGGAUAAGCCACUUGUCUUUCAGGUUGGUCAUCUUGGGGAAGAAUAUCAGGAAUGGAUUCAUCAACCUAUUGUAUGCGUAGAGGGUCCUCGUUUUUUCCAGAGUGAUUUUUGGGAGUUCUUGACUCGCACGGUUUGGUGGGCAAUCCCAACUAUCUGGCUUCCAGUUGUCUGCUACGUUCUUUCAAUCUCCGCGGCGAGGGGACUGACAUUUCCCCAGAUGGGUUUAAUAGUUGCAUUUGGCGUAUUCACGUGGACAUUGCUCGAGUACACACUUCAUCGUUUCCUUUUCCACAUAGAAACCAAGAGCUACUGGGCAAACACUGCACACUAUCUUCUUCAUGGAUGCCAUCACAAGCACCCACAAGACGGCCUUCGUCUUGUUUUCCCUCCCACCGCAACAGCAAUCCUCUUGGUUCCACUAUGGAAGCUUCUGCACCUCAUAGCUACUCCUGCUACAGCUCCUGCUAUGCUUGGAGGCAUUUUGUUUGGCUAUGUGAUGUAUGAUUGUACUCAUUUCUAUCUACACCACGGUCAACCUAAAGAACCAACCUUCAAGCAUCUCAAGAAGUACCAUCUGAACCACCACUUCAGAAUCCAGGACAAAGGAUAUGGAAUCACUUCUUCUCUCUGGGAUAGAGUCUUUGGAACACUUCCCGGUACAAAGGCUGCUCAGAAGAAGAAGCUCUAAACCGGAUAUCGUUUUGCCAUUUUCAGUGUGUCAAAAACUCACUUCUGAUUCAUCAUGUGAUUUUAUGACUGUUUAACUGAUGUUGUAUACGAUCUAUCACCAUAUUUUGAACAUAUCUAGUGGUGUGUGAACCGGUUUUAUGGUGUGGUCAUAGAAAAUUAAAAUCAAACUGGUUUAUUUGCUA